AUGCAUAAAAUUGAGAAUGUCCUCAAUGAUAUCUUAGCAAACUCUGUUAGGGUUUACAGCCCUGGGAAGUCACUUUCUCUAGAUGAGGCUAUGGUCCUCUUCAGAGGCCGACUGUCGUUUCGGCAGUAUAUAAAAAACAAAUCACACAAGUACGGUAUAAAACUGUACGAACUGACAACAUCUGAUGGAUUCAUUUUAAAUAUCAUCAUCUACUUAGGAAAGGGGACACUUAUUGACAAAGAAAAGGGCCACGCCUUUGAAGUUGUGAGAAAGUUAAUGCAGAACUACCUCGGCAAAGGCCACAUAAUCUUUCUCGACAAUUUCUACAACAGCGUGGACCUGGCCGAGUACCUCAUGACCAACCAGACUAACAUGUGUGGUACUCUACAGUCAAAUAGAGUUGGGAAUCCGCAAGUUGUGGUGCAAACAAAACUGAAAAAGGGGGAGUGUGUGAGCCGUCAAAGAGGUGACGUUACCGUCAUGAAAUGGCGAGAUAAAAGAAAUGUUUUGACUAUUUCAACUUCAAAUGGCCCCGAGAUGGAGGAAACAAGAACAAAAAGGGGAGAAGUGAUCCAAAAGCCCAGCAUGGUUGUUCGCUACAACAAGGGUAUGAGUGGGAUUGAUCGCAGUGAUCAAAUGAUCUCUUAUUAUUCCACUCCUAGAAAGUCUCUUCGGUGCACCUGCAGCCCCAGCUGCACCUACAGCACCUCUGGCUCUGACCAUCCCCCAAGCUCUCAAACCGCAGAGGAGGAGGAAUAUAGGUCGGUCCGGUCCGGUCGACGUUAA